AUGCAUUCCAUGACUCUGGCGGUUCUUUGCCUGUCAGCCCUGGCUGCUGCUUCCGUCAAGGAGAGAGGUGAAUCAGGCAGCGGCGGCGAUGACUACUAUAAUAGCCUGAUGAGUGAGCUCAACAGCCUCGAGACCGACACCAACUAUAUGGACUACUUAACGGCCUACAGCGACCUCCCGACUGACUACAGCGCCUACCUGCCCGAUGCCACCGGCUCGAACUUGGAAUCUAUCAGCUUUCCCUCGUUAACCGCGGCUCCCAGCUACACAAUGCCGUCCGGCCUGUCAGCCGACAUCCCUCCUCCCUCCAUCGAGUCGGUGCUUGUCACCGCUGUGCCCAUGUCCUACUUGUCGCAGAUGGAGAACCCGUCGGCCCGCGCAUCGAUCUUCAGCGAGAUCCAUGCCGGUCACUACCCAUCGUGGUACCGGCAGCUUCCCAGCAGCGUCAAGGAGUGGAUCUCGAGCCAUUAUGCCACUGGCGCCGUCGAGACCGGGGCUUCAUCCACCGGCUCGUCUGGAGGCUCUAGCUCGAGUUCGGGCUCUGGUAGUGGUGCCCCCGGUGCUGCUGCCCCAUCUCCGGAUUAA